CCACUUCCUGGUCUGAUUUCUCCGGGUACGCAUAGCUGCACCAAGUAUGGAUCAUCAACUAACAGUCUUUCCUGUUAGGUACAUUAUUGUAACGAGAUAAUAGAUACCUUGGCGUGCAGGUAGAGAUCGGGGAGCCGUGCGGUAGUUGUAGCCAGCUGCGUUGGCAUCACGCUGCUGCACUACGCACCGCUUGCUCUCCGUGCUAACUUGAUAGCUAGUUAGCUUCCAAUAGUAAAUAUUAGCAAUCCAGGCCAGAUUUAUUCCCCAAAAAAUGGCCACCAUGGAAAAACUAAUGAAGGCCUUUGAGUCGCUUAAGUCAUUCCAACAGCAGCAGGGACCACCGACCGCCGAGGAGCUUGUCCAGAAACAGAAAAAGGAUCAGGCCACGACGAAAAAGGACAGAGUCACACACUGCUUGACAAUAUGUGAAAACAUAGUGGCACAGUCUCUCAGAACAUCCCCAGAGUUCCAGAAAUUGCUGGGAAUUGCCAUGGAAAUGUUUCUUCUCUGCAGUGAUGACAGUGAAUCGGAUGUCCGCAUGGUUGCCGAUGAGUGCCUGAACAAAAUAAUCAAAGCACUGAUGGACUCUAAUCUGCCCCGACUGCAGCUGGAGCUAUAUAAAGAAAUUAAAAAGAAUGGUGCCUCUCGGAGUUUAAGAGCAGCUUUGUGGAGGUUUGCUGAGCUCGCUCACCUCAUCAGACCUCAGAAAUGCAGACCGUAUUUGGUCAACCUUUUGCCGUGCCUCACCAGAAUCACCAAGCGGCAGGAGGAGGCUGUGCAGGAAACACUGGCUUCGGCCAUGCCGAAAAUAAUGGCAGCCUUGGGACACUUUGCCAAUGAUGGCGAGAUCAAGGUCCUGUUGAAGUCAUUUGUAGCCAACCUGAAGUCCAACUCACCCACCAUUAGAAGGACAGCUGCCAGCUCUGCUGUUAGUGUGUGCCAACACUCAAGGCGUACCAGUUACUUUUACACAUGGCUCCUUAAUGUGCUGCUAGGUCUCUUGGUUCCGGUUGAUGAGGAUCAUCUUAGCCAUCUCAUCCUCGGGGUGCUUUUGACCCUGCGCUACCUGAUGCCUCUGCUGCAGCAGCAAGUCAACACCACAAGCCUCAAAGGAAGCUUUGGAGUCAUGAAGAAAGAGGCGGAUGUGCAGCCAACACCUGAGCAGCUGCUACAGGUUUACGAGCUGACUUUACACUACACACAGCACUGGGACCACAAUGUAGUGACUGCAUCCCUGGAGCUCCUGCAACAAAUGUUCAGGACUCCACCACCAGACCUUUUGCACAUGCUCAUAACUGUGGGCUCCAUUCCACAUGCUACCGUGUUUCGUCAAGAUUCUGAAAGUCGUGCGCGCUCCGGCAGUAUCCUGGAGUUCAUUGGAGGAGGGUCUUCCUGCAGUCCACUCCUUCUUAGGAAACAGAGAGGAAAAAUGUUGUCAGGGGAGGAAGAUGGUUUGGAAGAUGAUCCUGAAAAGACUGAGGUCACCACCACAGGGGCUUUCGCUGCAUCUGUUGUUGGAGCUGAUGGCUCCUCAGAAGCACAGGUGGACAUCAUCACUGAACAGCCACGCUCCUCCCAACAUACUUUGCAGCCUGGUGACUCUGUGGACUUGAGUGCCUCCUCUGAACAAGGUGAGGGUGGAGGAGGGACAUCUGCCUCAAAUACUCCAGAGACACCCACGGAAAAUGAGGAGGGAAUGCUGAGUCGCAGCUCAAGCGGUGGGGCAAACGUUACACCAGAGACUGCGGACUACACAACACCAGAGAAUGCCACCCCAGAUGGGGGGCCCUUUAAUGAAGGCGGGUCGCUCCUGAGCACUAAUGAUGGCUCGCCUCCACCCAGUGACUCGUCCCAGACGACCACCGAAGGGCCGGAUUCAGCUGUCACCCCUUCAGAUGUUGCAGAGUUGGUUCUAGAUGGCAGUGAGAGUCAAUACUCUGGCAUGCAGAUUGGAACACUACAGGAUGAGGAAGAUGAAGGAACAGCACCUUCAUCCCAAGAUGAACCAUCUUUCCUACCAUCGGCACUGGCUCUGAGCAAACCGCAUCUCUUCGAUGUGAAAGGUCACAAUCGGCAGAGUUCUGACAGCAGCAUUGACCGGUUCAUACCAAAGGAGGAACCCACUGAAAUUGAACCCAAUUGCAAGCCAUCCAGUAUAAAUGGUCCAAUCGGACAUUAUACAGACCAGGGGGCAGAGCCACUGGUGCAUUGUGUCAGGCUUCUUGCUGCGUCAUUCCUGUUGACAGGACGAAAGAACGGUUUGAUCCCAGACAAGGAGGUACGAGUUAGUGUAAAGGCCCUGGCGGUCAGUUGUAUAGGUGCUGCUGGUGCACUGCUACCUGAAGCCUUUUUUAAUUCCCUCUACUUGGAGCCGCUGGACGGCAUCCCAGCUGAAGAGCAGCAGUAUGUCAGUGACAUGCUUGACUUAAUUAGCCAUGGAGACCCACAGAUUAGAGGUGCCACAGCCAUCCUCUGUGCAACCAUUAUUCAAGCUGCACUCACAAAAACACGUUACAACAUACACACUUGGCUGGCCAGUGUGCAGGGCAGAACAGGAAACCCUUUGUCCCUGGUUGACUUGGUGCCUUUACUGAGAAAAACUCUAAAAGAUGAAUCUUCAGUAACCUGCAAAAUGGCUUGCGUUGCUGUCAGGCACUGCAUCGUAACCAUGUGCGGUAGUACCCUUAGUGAGCUAGGCCUGCAGUUGGUAAUCGACCUUCUGGCCCUGACAGACUCCUCCUACUGGCUUGUCCGCACAGAAUUGUUGGAAACCCUCGCUGAGAUGGAUUUUCGGUUAGUGAAUUUUCUAGAAAGAAAGACUGAGACUUUGCACAAGGGCGACCAUCACUACAUUGGGCGUCUUCGGCUGCAGGACCGGGUUUUAAAUAAUGUUGUAAUACGUCUGUUGGGGGAUGAUGACCCCAGAGUCCGUCAUGUAGCAGCUUCUGCAGUCAGCAGACUCGUAUCUAGAUUGUUUUACGACUGUGACCAGGGCCAAACAGACCCUGUUGUCGCAGUUGCCCGAGACCAGAGUUCAGUUUACCUGCAGCUGUUGAUGCAUGAGGCACAACCCCCCUCUCAAUUCACAGUCAGCACUAUCACAAGGACUUAUCGGGGUUUUAACCUAUCCAACACGGUGCCUGAUGUCACAUUGGAAAACAACUUGUCUCGUGUUGUCGCCGCCAUCUCCCAUGCUUUCACCUCAUCAACCUCGAGGGCCCUGACAUUUGGCUGCUGUGAGGCACUAUGUCUUCUGGCUUCAAAUUUUCCAGUGUGCACAUGGAGCACUGGCUGGCACUGUGGCUAUAUCAACUCCACUAGUGCGGUUUCAUCGCGAACCAAUCUCAACCGCAGUAGGGGCAGGGCUUCAAGUCUCUCCCAGCCAAAUAAUACGCCAAACUCAAACACUUCUGCACCUGACGUGGACCGAAGGAACCUAACAGUGGGAAUGGCCAACAUGGUGCUUUCUUUGCUGUCAUCUGCUUGGUUUCCACUAGACCUCUCCGCACACCAGGACGCCUUGUUGCUAGCUGGUAACCUGUUGGCUGCGGUGGCUCCUAAAUGCAUGCGCAACCCCUGGGCUGGAGAGGAAGACGGUGGCAGUGCCAGCUCUUAUCCAAGUGGAGGCCCAAAUAAGAUGGACGAACCCUGGGUAGCAUUGUCGGAGCGCUCCCUGGUGACAAUGGUGGACCAGCUUUUUUCCCACCUUCUGAAGGUUCUCAACAUCUGUGCCCAUGUUCUGGAUGACACUCCCCCGGGACCAGCAGUUAAGGCCACACUGCCCUCCCUGACCAACACACCCUCGCUCAGUCCCAUCCGCAGAAAGGGCAAAGAGAAGGAAGUUACUGAUCCCAAUGCUGUGCCUUUGAGCCCAAAGAAAAGCAAUGAGAAUCCAGGUAGAGCCUCUGACAGUACAAGUGGAACAGCAGUUAGCAAGUCUAACACUCUCGGCAGUUUCUACCAUUUGCCACCCUACCUCAAGCUUCAUGAUGUCCUUAAAGCAACUCAUGCCAACUACAAGGUGACGUUGGACCUUCACACUAGCCAUGAGAAGUUUGGUGGUUUCCUUCGUGCUGCCUUGGAUGUUCUGUCUCAACUGCUUGAGCUGGCCACACUUCAUGACAUCAGCAAGUGUGUGGAGGAAAUGUUAGGGUAUCUCAAGUCCUGCUUCUCCCGGGAACCUACCAUGGCUACAGUUUGUGUUCAGCAGUUGUUAAAAACACUGUUUGGAACCAACUUGGCAUCCCAGUAUGAGGGUGUCCUGAGUGGACCAAGCCGUGCCCAGGGCAAAGUGCUUCGUCUUGGCUCGUCCAGCUUGAGACCAGGGCUGUACCACUACUGCUUCAUGGCACCAUACACCCACUUCACGCAGGCUUUGGCAGAUGCCAGUCUCCGUAACAUGGUGCAGGCUGAGCAAGAGCAGGACACCUCUGGAUGGUUUGAUGUGAUGCAGAAAGCAUCAAACCAGCUUCGGUCUAACAUUGCGAAUGCAACACGCCACAGAAGCGACAAGAAUGCCAUCCACAACCACAUCCGUCUCUUCGAACCACUUGUGAUUAAAGCUUUGAAGCAGUACACAACUAGCACCUCUGUGGCUCUGCAGAGACAAGUGUUGGAUCUUCUUGCCCAACUUGUGCAGCUCAGAGUCAACUACUGCCUGUUGGACUCCGAUCAGGUCUUCAUAGGGUUUGUCUUGAAACAGUUUGAAUAUAUUGAAGUGGGACAGUUUCGAGAAUCAGAGGCCGUCAUACCAAACAUCUUUUUCUUCCUGGUGCUGCUUUCCUAUGAACGCUACCACUCCAAGCAGAUAAUCGGUAUUCCUAAAAUCAUCCAGCUGUGUGAUGGCAUAAUGGCCAGUGGUAGGAAAGCUGUCACACAUGCGAUCCCUGCCUUGCAGCCAAUCGUUCAUGACCUCUUUGUCCUGAGGGGCUCUAACAAGGCUGAUGCAGGCAAAGAGUUGGAUACGCAGAAGGAAGUGGUGGUCUCUAUGCUUCUCAGACUUGUUCAGUACCAUCAGGUUUUGGAGAUGUUCAUCCUAGUUUUGCAACAGUGUCACAAAGAAAAUGAAGACAAGUGGAAGAGGUUGUCAAGACAAAUUGCAGACGUUAUACUUCCUAUGAUUGCCAAGCAGCAGAUGCAUCUGGAUUCUCCUGAGGCGUUAGGUGUUUUGAACACUCUUUUUGAAAGUGUAGCGCCUUCCUCUCUUAGGCCUGUGGAUAUGCUGCUAAAGAGCAUGUUUGUCGUCCCGCAUACCAUGGCAUCAGUGACUACAGUCCAACUGUGGGUCUCUGGUAUUUUGGCGGUGCUCAGGGUACUUGUCUCUCAGUCAACUGAGGAUAUUGUGUUAUCACGAGUCCACGAGCUCUCGCUCUCCCCACAUUUACUUUGCUGCAACACAGUCCGUCGCCUCUAUCAACAGAGUCCAUCUCCAAAUUCUGUUACCCCUUUGGAUGCAAUUGCUAAUGAAGAACGUAAUGGUGAUUCAUCAAAAGUCCUACCUGAGGAAACGUUUGCCAGGUUCCUGCUUCAAAUGGUUGGAGUCCUACUGGAUGAAAUUUCUUCCAAACGGGUGAAAGUGGAUAUUACAGAACAGCAACACACUUUCUAUUGCCAGCAGCUGGGUACGCUGCUCAUGUGUUUAAUACACAUCUUCAAAAGUGGUAUGUUUCGCAGGAUCACAGCUGCUGCGAGUCUCCUCCUACAGGGUGACCAGAAUGACUCAGAGGCUGGCCUUUACUACCAUUUAGAAACCCUGAACAGCAUGGUGCAGGGCUUGAUCACCACCCACCCCUCUUUGGUGCUGCUCUGGUGCCAAGUCCUCCUCCUCAUCAACUACACAAACUACUCAUGGUGGGCUGAGGUUCACCAAACACCAAGGAGACAAAGCCGAUCAUGCACAAAACUGCUCAGCCCUCACUCCUCAGGAGAAGGCGAUGAGGAGAAUUCUGCUUUCGCCAUGAUCAACAAAGAGAUUGUCCGCAGGGGAGCCCUCAUCCUCUUCUGUGAUUAUGUGUGUCAGAACCUCCAUGACUCAGAGCAUCUAACCUGGUUGAUAGUUAACCAUGUCAGUGACCUCAUCAGCCUUUCCCAUGAGCCACCGGUGCAGGAUUUCAUCAGUGCUGUGCACCGAAAUUCAGCUGCCAGCGGUCUCUUCAUCCAAGCUAUUCAAUCCCGUUGUGACAACCUGACCAAUCCUACCAUGUUGAAAAAGACGCUGCAAUGUUUAGAAGGUAUCCACUUGAGCCAGUCUGGUUCCCUGCUGAUGCUGUAUGUGGAUAAGCUGCUCAACACACCCUUCAGGGUUUUGGCCCGCAUGGUGGACACGCUGGCGUGUCGCAGGGUGGAGAUGUUGCUAGCUGAAACGUUGCAGAACAGUAUUGCCCAGCUGCCUGUGGAAGAACUGGACAGAAUCCAGGAAUACCUUCAGAUCAGCAACCUGGCUCAAAGGCAUCAGAGGUUCUACUCCCUGCUGGACAGGUUUCGAGCCACUGUUGCUGAAACUAGUAGCCCAGCCCCUCCAGUGACAUCACACCCCCUGGAUGGGGAUCCACCCCCUGCCCCUGAAAUGGUCAAUGCAGAUAAGGAAUGGUAUGUGACCCUAGUGAAGUCUCAGUGUUGUCUUCGUGGAGAUGUGUCUCUUUUGGAAACAACUGAACUCCUUACCAAGUUGCCUGCCCCUGAUCUUUUCAGCAUUAUUAGAUGCGAAACGUUCAACUUGAGUUUACUGUGCCCAUCCCUGAGCAUGGGUGUUCAACGGCUAACACGGGGUCAGGGGCCGCUCCUGUUAGAAACAGCAUUGCAGGUGACCUUAGAGCAACUUGCUGGGGUCACACAGUCACUUCCUGCACCACACCAGUCCUUUUUGCCAACUUCCAAGCCAAGAUCUUACUGGGCCCAACUCGCUGAUGUGUAUGAUGAGCCAUCUUUCUACCCCAGGGUGCUAGCCCUGUGUAGAGCUGUCUCUCAGUACCUUCUGUGUGUAAACCAACUACCUUCCUCAUUACGUAUUCCCUCUGACAAAGAAGACCUCAUAACUACAUUUGCCUGCACGGCCACUGAGGUUAUUGUCUGGCGUCUGCUCCACGAUCAACUACCCCUGAGCGUGGAUCUGCAGUGGGCCCUGGCUUGUUUGUGCCUGGCCCUGCAACAGACUUGCAUUUGGAAUAGACUGUCCACCACAGCGUACACGACGCACUCAUGUUCCCUCAUCUAUUGCCUACAUCUUAUUAUAAUCGCUGUGGCUGUUAGCCCUGGAGACAAGCUUCUGCUCCCAGAGAAGACGAAAAGGUUAACUAGAGAUGCUGAAGGAGAUGAAUUGGAUUCCAUUCACUCUAAAUAUGAGUGCGAAUGGCAAGCAUGUGAGAUCAUGGCUGAGCUGGUGGAAGGGCUACAGAGCAUUCUUUCCUUAGGUCACCAUCAAAAUAGUGCAAUCCCUGCUUUUCUGACACCAACCUUACGCAACAUUGUAAUCAGUAUUGCUCGAUUGCCACUGGUUAACAGCUUCACGCGAGUUCCUCCACUGGUCUGGAAACUCGGCUGGUCCCCGCAGCCUGCGGGGGAGUUUGGUACAUCAUUGCCUGAGAUCCCUGUGGAUUUUCUGCAGGAAAAAGAUGUCUUCAGAGAGUUCCUGUACCGCAUAAAUAUACUUGGAUGGAGUAGUAGGACUCAAUUUGAGGAGACCUGGGCCACAUUGCUUGGCGUGCUGGUCACACAACCAAUCACAAUGGACCAGGAGGAGGACACACAGCAAGAGGAAGAUUUAGAGCGUACCCAGUUGAAUGUGUUGGCAGUGCAGGCCAUUACCAGCCUGGUCCUGGGUGCAAUGAUGUUACCCACUGCUGGCAAUCCUGCUGUCAGCUGCCUGGAGCAACAGCCUCGUAACAAGAGCCUCAAGGCCUUGGAGACACGAUUUGGAAGGAAAUUGGCAGUCAUUCGUGGUGAGGUAGAGAGAGAAAUACAGGCUCUUGUUUCCAAGAGAGACAACAUUCACACACACCAUCCGUACCAUGCCUGGGACCCUGUGCCUUCUUUGUCCGCGGCCUCAUCAGCAGGGAUGUUGAUAAGUCAUGAAAAGUUGCUGCUUCAGAUCAACACAGAGCGUGAGAUGGGAAACAUGGAUUAUAAAUUAGGACAGGUGUCCAUCCAUUCAGUGUGGUUAGGAAAUAACAUCACCCCAUUGCGUGAGGAAGAAUGGGGUGAGGAUGAGGAAGACGAAGCAGACACACCAGCACCCACUUCUCCACCUUUAUCACCAAUUAACUCUCGAAAACAUCGUGCAGGUGUGGACAUUCACUCAUGUUCCCAGUUUCUCCUGGAGCUCUACAGCCAGUGGCUUAUUCCAAGCUCUUCAAAUAACCGGAAGACUCCAACCAUACUUAUCAGUGAAGUGGUCCGAUCGCUGCUGGCAGUGUCAGACCUAUUCACAGAGAGAAACCAGUUUGACAUGAUGUUCUCCACCCUGAUGGAACUGCAGAAGCUUCACCCACCAGAGGAUGAGAUCCUUAAUCAGUACUUGGUGCCUGCUAUCUGCAAAGCGGCUGCUGUGUUGGGCAUGGACAAAGCGAUCGCAGAACCAGUUUGUCGCUUGUUAGAAACAACCCUGCGCAGCACACACCUGCCCAGUCGCAUGGGUGCUCUUCAUGGGGUGCUCUAUGUCCUGGAGUGUGACCUUCUAGACGAUACAGCGAAGCAGCUGAUCCCAUCCAUCUCAGAGUACCUGCUGUCCAACCUAAGGGCUAUUGCUCAUUUUGUUAACCUCCAUAACCAGCAGCAUGUCCUCGUGAUGUGUGCUGUGGCUUUCUACAUGAUGGAGAACUACCCUCUUGAUGUUGGAUCUGAGUUCAUGGCUGCAGUCAUUCAGGUGUGCGGUGUGAUGGUGUCAGCCAGCGAGGACUCCACGCCCUCGGUAAUCUAUCAUUGUGUGCUCCGGGGUCUGGAACGCCUCUUGCUCUCUGAGCAACUGUCUCGUGUGGAUGGAGAGGCACUGGUCAAGCUGAGCGUCGACAGAGUGAACAUGCCUUCACCUCACAGAGCUAUGGCCGCCCUGGGUCUCAUGCUCACCUGCAUGUAUACUGCGGUGCUUCCGUCCGGUUCAGAAGUCACAGGGGUUAGAGGUCAGGUUGACUCUGGCUCUUCUGUAGCGGAGGCGGUGGGGGUCACGGCGGGUCAUGUUGGUUUCUCCUCAGGAAAGGAGAAAGCCAGCCCCGCAGGUCGCCCCACACACUCAGAUCCUCAGGCCCCAGACAGUGAGUCGAUCAUCGUUGCCAUGGAGAGGGUCUCAGUGCUCUUUGACAGGAUCCGAAAAGGUUUGCCCAGUGAAGCCCGGGUAGUGUCUAGGAUUCUGCCACAAUUCCUAGAUGAUUUCUUUCCACCUCAAGAUGUUAUGAACAAGGUCAUUGGGGAGUUCCUCUCCAACCAGCAGCCUUAUCCACAGUUUAUGGCUACAGUCGUAUACAAGGUUUUCCAGACACUCCACGCUACAGGCCAAUCAUCGAUGGUGCGAGACUGGGUGCUGCUUUCCUUGUCAAACUUCACACAGAGAACACCGGUGGCUAUGGCUAUGUGGAGCCUCUCCUGCUUCUUUGUCUCUGCUUCCACCUCACAGUGGAUUUCAGCCUUACUUCCUCACGUCAUCAGCAGAAUGGGUUCCAGUGAAGUGGUAGAUGUCAACCUGUUCUGCUUGGUGGCCAUGGACUUCUACCGGCACCAAAUUGAUGAGGAGCUGGAUCGCAGGGCCUUCCAGUCGGUCUUUGAGACAGUGGCGACCCCUGGAAGUCCCUAUCACCAGCUGCUGGGAUCGCUGCAAGCAAUCCACCAGGAUACCUCUCUUUGACCCGGAUUGGGCUUUGAGGAAAAAGAGUCGAGAAAAGCAGGCUUCUGGCAGAAAUCUGGUUGAGCCACUGACAGGCUGAGAUGGAACGAACAAUCAUGUGUAAGCUCAAACUGCUUCUCUUGACAGUGACAUUUAAAGUAUCUACUAGUAUAUUGAUAAUGAGGCAAGAUAUUAAAAGUCAGUGAAUAAGGCACGUCAUCUCUGCCAACAAAUUGAUUUAGCUUGCAAUUCUGUUCUUGACAGGCCCAACUAUCUAGCACCUUGAUUCAAGAGAGAUGAUUCUAUUUUUUCUUUACACUUUAAUGUUGUCAUAUGACGAAAUCAUGAAAAGGACCAUCUAUUUACUGUAUUUUAAAUACCAUUGGGUCUAUUUUCGCGUUUCAUGAAAAAGUGGUUAUGGCGAAAUUUUGUCUUUAAAACCUUUUUAAAAGAUGGUUGUUAACCCGUCUGUUCAGUUUACAUACUGUAGAACACAGUUCAAAAUCAAAGUGGGUGGGAAAAGGAUCAUUUAGCUAUCAUGCUCAUUAAGGGGAGAAAAAUUCCAUGUCAAGUUGUCAGUGAGACAAAAUUGUUUUUGCCAUUAUUUUUGAAACUUUAGAAAAUUAUCAUUUUAUGAUACUGUACAUUUGUUAAUGACUUAUAUCGUAUUUUGAUGGUCCCCACCCAUGGAAAAAAAAAGAUUCCGUGUGCCCUUCUUUAUAACACUCAGGAUGUAAAUUGUGAUUGUUUAAAUAAGACUGGAAAUGUCAUCUUUAAAUGUUGUUGCCCUUGUAUCUUGUAAAAAGUACCGUAAAUAUGAAAGCCAUUGUGCAUGAUUUAAUUGUACAAAGAUACAGAGUUUUUAAAGUAACUAUGUUGUGAUAUGUGGGUUUUUUGUUUUUCCUUUUUAAAUGCAAAUGAUCAAAAUCUAAAAGAUAUGUGACUAUAGAAUGCACCAAGUUCGAUGUUCCAAUGAAGAGUUGCUCGGCAUUAUGCUGGGCUUUCAUAUUGUGUACAUACACUUGCCUUAGAUAAAUAUUCUGUCCUGUGCACUCAACGCUUGAAAGCAUGCUUAUCAGUUACCUUCUUGCAUUAUGGCCCAUAGUCAAUUUCUAUGGCUACGGUUGCCACCACUGUUGUGUGACAAAGGAUGUAACGCACUCCAAAGGCAGCCUUGUAACCACGGUGACAAGCCGCAGCGCUGACAAAUCAAAGAAUUGUAGAUAAUAGCUCAGCGUAGCGGGUAUAAAGUAGUUUCCCUUUUUUGUUUUAAGCUUUAAAUAGUUUAUGUAAAAAAAAAAAAAAAAGAUUUUAUGAUUGCAAUAUAUGAAUCUACCUAGCUCGUCUUCUUGAUGUUUGGCAAAUUCUGCAACAGUAAUAAACAUCUAAAUUGUAUGCUGAAUUAUGUCAUGUAC